GGUUCAACCCACCCCCAUUCGUACGUUUGAGUGGUCUACUGCGAGUAACCCUGAAUACAGUUUUCAUUUUAAAGCAGUGUGCUUAUUAUAAUGAACCCAUACAUGCCAGUAACACGAGGACUGCAGUAUACUACGAAAUCUAUAAUCGUUUUUAUCGUCUCAGGAGAAAUCGCGAUGCAUUUUGGAAGAUGUAGUUUUUGCUAUGAGCUUUAACGAGGAUAGCAAGAAUAAUGCCGUUGACCGAGUGGCGUAUUGCAGUGAAACUGGCUGAUCGGCCUUGGGCCCCCAAAUCCAUUGUUCAGCUUCCUGAAACACAAACAGAAGGAGCUUCAGGAGGAUACAGAAUUUCUGCCCUGAAGCAGCUUAUUGCAGAUAAAAUUCUUGAAAGUACAUUAGAUCCAGAUUUGAUUGACCUUAUUUACUGUGGACGGAAGCUGAAAGACGAGCAGACACUUGAGUUUUAUGGGAUUAAACCUGGGUCUACAGUUCAUGUCCUGAAGAAAUGUUGGCCUGAGCCAGAUCAAAAACCAGAGCCUCUGGACAGAGCUGCCGCCGCUCGUGAAUUCAGAGUUUUGCAUACAGCACUCAUGACGCCUUCCUACAGAGAUGCAGUAUUUAAGAUUUUGGAGAAUAAAGAAACUCUAGAUCAUAUAAUUGUCGCUACCCCUGGACUUUGCAGUGAUCCUGUAGCAUUAGGUGUUUUGCAGGACAAAGACCUAUUCACAGUCUUCACUGAUCCAAAUAUGUUAGAUACACUAAUUAAUUCCCAUCCUGCAUUGGUGAAUGCUAUUGUACUUGUUCUACAGUCAGUUGCAGGAAGCACCACUCUUCUGCCUCCUGCAAGUGGUUCAUCACGGAAUGUACCUUCAAGUUCCUACAGUGAAAUGCCAGGAGGUUUUAUGUUUGAUGAUGUUUCUGAUGACGAGGAUGAUAUGCAACAGAGAGGAAGAUCCACAGCUUCUGCUAGUACAUCUUCUGGUUCCCGUCCAGCAUCUCUUGGAUACACUGGAGCAACAGGCCCGAGGCCAAUUACACAGAGUGAACUGGCAACUGCACUUGCUUUGGCUAGCACCCCAGAGAGCAGUGCUCAUACACCAACCACUGGAACCCAGGGCACUUCUUCUGGAACCUCCCCAGUCUUGGGUUCAGGAGUUUCCUCCAGCAUUCAGUCAAGUACACCCAUCACCAAUGAUAUAUUCAGUCAGGCGUUACAACAGGCAUUGCAAGCAUCCAGCAUGCCAGGGCUGCAGAGUCAGUGGCAACAGCAGUUACAGCAACUAAGGGACAUGGGCAUUCAAGAUGAUGAUUUGAGCCUGCGAGCACUACAAGCUACAGGAGGGGACAUCCAGGCCGCUCUAGAGCUCAUAUUUGCAGGAGGUGCACCAUAGAUGACUUUGAAGGCCAUCUUUAUUAGUAUUAAUGUGUGUAAAUAAAAUAUUCUGAUCUAUGUAAUUACAUUGUUAACUUUUUGUUAGAGCUCACAUUCUUGUUAGAUGUUGCUGUUUUAUUUAUUUUUAGCCUAUGUAAUGUUGGAAGAAUGCGUUUCUAAUGUCUGUAAUAGAGUUCAAACAAGCUCCAUGUUAUGAAACACA